GGAGGGGGUUCUGUGCCGGGCAGGAGCUGCCUGUCUGAUGGGCGCACCCCCAGGGAGCAGGAAGGCCAGUGCAGCCCUGUCUCACUCAUGCGGGCCCUGGGGUGGCUCAGAUGUUGUCAGUCGGUUGUGUCUUGGUUGUACCUCAAGAGAUUUCAGGAAGCUUGCGGGCAGUCAGAACAGGGGGUUGCCACGGGCAGGUGGAGGGCGACUGUGCCAGUAAAUGCAGCUUCACCCAAAGCUGAGGCUCGGGAGAAACACUCCCCCGGCUACAGAGCAGCAGAGCGGACUCCCUGUCCUCCUGGGAGGACAGAGACCGGGCGGUUGGAGCAGCAGAGCGUCCUGUCCCCUCCUGGGAGGCCAGACGCCGGGGGGUUGGGGGGUGUCAAAAGGGUGGAGAAACACAGUGGUCAGUGGCCAAGCUGCUCCCACUGCGUGUCAGAAUCCCAGCCCCACCCAUGCCCGCGGUGUGGCCUUGGGCAAAUUCUGCUCCGUGCCUCAGUUUCUUCACCUGAGAAAUGGGUCACAGGCUAUCGUGGUCAGCCUGGCCGUCAGAGACACAGGGAUGUGGAAACAUUUGCAUUUUGUGGCUUGUUUUUUCUACACUUAAAACUUUUUUUUUUUUUUUUUUGAGACAGAGUCUCGCUCUGUUGCCCAGGCAGGAGUGCAGUGGUGUGAUCUUGGCUUGCUGUAAGCUCCGCCUCCCAGGUUCACGCGAUUCUCCUGCCUCAGCCUCCGGAGUAGCUGAGACUACAGGCGGGUGCCAGCAUGCCCGCCUUAUUUAUUUGUGUUUUUAGUAGAGACGGGGUUUCACCAUGUUGGCCAGGCUGGUCUCAAACUCCUGAGCUCGUGAUCCGCCCGCCUCGGCCUCCCAAAGUGCUGGGAUUACAGGCGUGAGCCACUGGGACCGGCAAAACUUUCAAACAGGUGGUGAGAAAGAGGAUUGCGUUUCGAGGGGAUGAGACAUAUGCAGGGAAGUGACACUUGCGGUGGCCUGAGAGAGUGUGGCAGUCUCUGGAGGCACGGGGUGGGCCUGCACAGGGAGGUGGGAGAGGCCAGGGCCUCCAUGCCUUGUGACCCUCUGCCAUCGAGUCUGGACACCCUUGGCACCUGCCAUGGCAGGGCUGCCCUGGACACCUGGGAGCCCCCUGUACUGGUGCCCUCAGGGAAGAUGACGGUGGGCCCAGGAGUGGGGGUGGUUGGGAGCAUGAGGAGGGGGCACUGGCAGGGGAGGCUGAUGUAGGGAUCACUGGCCAGAAUGGAGCAGGGUCCCUAGCGUGAGAGGGAUGGACCACCCUGAGGAAGAGCUCAGAGGCAGAAGGGCCCUGUCUGCCACUUGUGUCUGAGCCCCCAAGAUGCACUUGAGUCUGGUAGGGAGGGAAAGAGGGAGGACCAUGCAUGUCCUGCAUCCACCUGUGGGGCCUUGGAUCGUCCUCCUGUUGGGAGACCCUUAGCUCAGCCUGGUCCUCAGCAGCGCACCCAUCAAACCACACAUCCCCCUCAUCCACCCAGACCCAGGCACAGACCCCACACCGAGACAUGCUCAGUUACACACACGCAUAUGGACACACCCUGUCCAGCCUGCAGACGUGGGGGCCUCCGCCUCUGAGACCUGGUGGAUUUGGAGUUGCUCAUGACUCUCCAGGUCCCCUUCUUGCCUCCCCUGUGCCCACAUCUGAGGCUGUGCCCUGGGGACGGCAUGGGCCGAGCGAGGGGUGGGUGGGUGAUUCUCCAAGGCUUUGCCCUGGGCGUGGCAUGGGCCGAGCGAGGAGCUGUAGAUGAUGGCUGGCUUCCACUGUUUCACCGGGGCAGGGGGCCUGGAGGUGGUCAGGGAGGCUCUGGGGAGUCAGGCCGCCUGGGGGCUCUGGUGGGCAGUUGUAAACAGCAUGUGCACCUGCUGGGCUAUGCACAGUGCACCCCUCGCUGUCACCUGAGCCUCUGGUUUCCUGUGUCCUUCACCUCUGCCCCACGUGUGAGCCGCCUGUUCCAACGUCCAGGGGUCUGCCUGUCAGCCUGAGCCUGUGUGCUGGGGCCAGUGCGUCCUGACCACCUGGAGCUCCUUGGGGUCACAGGGUGCCAGGGGCAAUGGCACUGCAGCUCUGGGCCCUGACCCUGCUGGGCCUGCUGGGUGCAGGUGCCAGCCUGAGGCCCCGCAAGCUGGACUUCUUCCGCAGCGAGAAAGAGCUGAACCACCUGGCUGUGGAUGAGGCCUCAGGCGUGGUGUACCUGGGGGCGGUGAAUGCCCUCUACCAGCUGGAUGCAAAGCUGCAGCUGGAGCAGCAGGUGGCCACGGGCCCGGCCCUGGACAACAAGAAGUGCACGCCGCCCAUCGAGGCCAGCCAGUGCCAUGAGGCUGAGAUGACCGACAAUGUCAACCAGCUGUUGCUGCUCGACCCUCCCAGGAAGCGCCUGGUGGAGUGCGGCAGCCUCUUCAAGGGCAUCUGCGCUCUGCGCGCCCUGAGCAACAUCUCCCUGCGCCUGUUCUACGAGGAUGGCAGCGGGGAGAAGUCUUUCGUGGCCAGCAAUGACGAGGGUGUGGCCACGGUGGGGCUGGUGAGCUCCACGGGUCCCGGUGGUGACCGCGUGCUGUUUGUGGGCAAAGGCAACGGGCCGCACGACAACGGCAUCAUCGUGAGCACCCGGCUGCUGGACCGGACUGACAGCAGGGAGGCCUUUGAGGCCUACACGGACCACGCCACCUACAAGGCCGGCUACCUGUCCACCAACACACAGCAGUUCGUGGCGGCCUUCGAGGACGGCCCCUACGUCUUCUUUGUCUUCAACCAGCAGGACAAGCACCCGGCCCGGAACCGCACGCUGCUGGCGCGCAUGUGCAGAGAAGACCCCAACUACUACUCCUACCUGGAGAUGGACCUGCAGUGCCAGGACCCCGACGUCCAUGCCACUGCCUUUGGCACCUGCCUGGCCGCCUCCGUGGCUGCACCUGGCUCUGGCAGGGUGCUAUAUGCUGUCUUCAGCAGAGACAGCCGGAGCAGUGGGGGGCCCGGUGCGGGCCUCUGCCUGUUCCCGCUGGACGAGGUGCACGCCAAGAUGGAGGCCAACCGCAACGCCUGCUACACAGGCACCUCGGAGGCAUCCCGUGACAUCUUCUACAAGCCCUUCCAUGGCGAGAUCCUGUGCGGCGGCCACGCGCUGGGUUCCAGCAAGAGCUUCCCAUGUGGCUCAGAGCACCUGCCCUACCCACUGGGCAGCCGCGAUGGGCUCAAAGCCACAGCUGUGCUGCAGCGUGGAGGCCUGAACCUGACAGCCGUGACGGUCACCGCCGAGAACAACCACACUGUUGCUUUUCUGGGCACCUCUGACGGCCGGAUCCUCAAGGUGUACCUCACCCCAAACGGCACCUCCUCAGAGUACGACUCCAUCCUUGUGGAGAUAAACAAGAGAGUCAAGCGCGACCUGGUACUGUCUGGAGACCUGGCCAGCCUGUACGCCAUGACCCAGGACAAGGUGUUCCGGCUGCCGGUGCAGGAGUGCCUGAGCUACCUGACCUGCACCCAGUGCCGCGACUCGCAGGACCCCUACUGUGGCUGGUGCGUCGUCGAGGGACGAUGCACCCGGAAGUCCGAGUGUCCACGGGCCGAGGAGGCCAGCCACUGGCUGUGGAGCCGGAGCAAGUCCUGCGUGGCUGUCACCAGCGCCCAGCCACAGAACAUGAGCCGGCGGGCCCAGGGGGAGGUGCAGCUGACCGUCAGCCCCCUCCCUGCCCUGAGUGAGGAGGACGAGUUGCUGUGCCUUUUUGGGGAGUCACCGCCACACCCCGCCCGUGUGGAGGGCGAGGCCGUCACCUGCAACUCCCCGAGCAGCAUCCCCGUCACACCGCCAGGCCAGGACCACGUGGCCGUGACCAUCCAGCUCCUCCUUAGACAAGGCAACAUCUUCCUCACGUCCUACCAGUACCCCUUCUACGACUGCCGCCAGGCCAUGAGCCUAGAGGAGAACCUGCCGUGCAUCUCCUGUGUGAGCAACCGCUGGACCUGCCAAUGGGACCUGCGCUACCACGAGUGCCGGGAGGCCUCGCCCAACCCUGAGGACGGCAUCAUCCGUGCCCACAUGGAGGACAGCUGUCCCCAGUUCCUGGGACCCAGCCCCCUGGUGAUCCCCAUGAACCACGAGACAGACGUGACCUUCCAGGGCAAGAACCUGGACACUGUGAAGGGUUCCUCCCUGCACGUGGGCAGUGACUUGCUCAAGUUCAUGGAGCCAGUGAGCGUGCAGGAAUCUGGGACCUUCGUCUUUCGGACCCCAAAGCUGUCCCACGAUGCCAACGAGACGCUGCCCCUGCACCUCUACGUCAAGUCUUAUGGCAAGAAUAUCGACAGCAAGCUCCAUGUCACCCUCUACAACUGCUCCUUUGGCCGCAGUGACUGCAGCCUGUGCCAGGCCGCUAACCCCGACUACAGGUGUGCGUGGUGCGGGGGCCAGAGCAGGUGCGUGUAUGAGGCCCUGUGCAACACCACCUCCGAGUGCCCGCCGCCCGUCAUCACCAGGAUCCAGCCUGAGACGGGCCCCCUGGGUGGGGGCAUCCAUGUCACCAUCCUGGGGUCCAAUCUGGGCGUCCGAGCAGGGGACAUCCGGAGGAUCUCGGUGGCCGGCCGGAACUGCUCCUUUCAGCCGGAACGCUACUCCGUGUCCACCCGGAUCGUGUGUGUGAUCGAGGCUGCAGAGGCGCCCUUCACUGGGGGUGUCGAGGUGGACGUCUUCGGGAAACUGGGCCGCUCGCCUCCCAGUGUCCAGUUCACCUUCCAACAGCCCCAGCCUCUCAAGGUGGAGCCGCAGCAGGGACCGCAGGCGGGCGGCACCACACUGACCAUCCACGGCACCCACCUGGACACGGGUUCCCAGGAGGACGUGCGGGUGACCCUCAACGGCGUCCCGUGUAAAGUGACGAAGUUUGGGGUGCAGCUCCAGUGUGUCACGGGCCCCCAGGCGACACGGGGCCAGAUGCCCCUGGAGGUCUCCUAUGGGGGGUCCCCCGUGCCCAGCCCCGACAUCUUCUUCACCUACCGCGAAAACCCCAUACUGCGAGCCUUCGAACCGCUACGAAGCUUUGCCAGUGGUGGCCGCAGCAUCAACGUCACGGGUCAGGGUUUCAGCCUGAUCCAGAGGUUUGCCAUGGUGGUCAUCGCGGAGCCCCUGCAGUCCUGGCAGCCGCCGCGGGAGGCUGAAUCCCUGCAGCCCAUGACGGUGGUGGGUACAGACUACGUGUUCCACAAUGACACCAAGGUUGUCUUCCUGUCCCCGGCUGUGCCCGAGGAGCCAGAGGCCUACAACCUCACGGUCCUGAUCGAGAUGGACGGGCACCGUGCCCCGCUCAGGACGGAGGCCGGGGCCUUUGAGUACGUGCCUGACCCCACCUUUGAGAACUUCACAGGUGGCGUCAAGAAGCAGGUCAACAAGCUCAUCCACGCCCGGGGCACCAAUCUGAACAAGGCGAUGACGCUGCAGGAGGCUGAGGCCUUCGUGGGUGCCGAGCGCUGCACCAUGAAGACGCUGACGGAGACCGACCUGUACUGUGAGCCCCCGGAGGUGCAGCCCCCGCCCAAGCGGCGGCAGAAACGAGACACCACACACAACCUGCCCGAGUUCAUUGUGAAGUUCGGCUCUCGCGAGUGGGUGCUGGGCCGCGUGGAGUACGACACACGGGUGAGCGACGUGCCGCUCAGCCUCAUCUUGCCGCUGGUCAUCGUGCCCAUGGUGGUCGUCAUUGCGGUGUCUGUCUACUGCUACUGGAGGAAGAGCCAGCAGGCCGAACGAGAGUAUGAGAAGAUCAAGUCCCAGCUGGAGGGCCUGGAGGAGAGCGUGCGGGACCGCUGCAAGAAGGAAUUCACGGACCUGAUGAUCGAGAUGGAGGACCAGACCAACGACGUGCACGAGGCCGGCAUCCCCGUGCUGGACUACAAGACCUACACCGACCGCGUCUUCUUCCUGCCCUCCAAGGACGGCGACAAGGACGUGAUGAUCACCGGCAAGCUGGACAUCCCCGAGCCGCGGCGGCCGGUGGUGGAGCAGGCGCUGUACCAGUUCUCCAACCUGCUGAACAGCAAGUCCUUCCUCAUCAAUUUCAUCCACACCCUGGAGAACCAGCGGGAGUUCUCGGCCCGUGCCAAGGUCUACUUCGCGUCCCUGCUGACGGUGGCGCUGCAUGGGAAACUGGAGUACUACACGGACAUCAUGCGUACACUCUUCCUGGAGCUCCUGGAGCAGUACGUGGUGGCCAAGAACCCCAAGCUGAUGCUGCGCAGGUCUGAGACUGUGGUGGAGAGGAUGCUGUCCAACUGGAUGUCCAUCUGCCUGUACCAGUACCUCAAGGACAGUGCCGGGGAGCCCCUGUACAAGCUCUUCAAGGCCAUCAAACAUCAGGUGGAAAAGGGCCCAGUGGAUGCGGUACAGAAGAAGGCCAAGUACACUCUCAACGACACGGGGCUGCUGGGGGACGACGUGGAGUAUGCACCCCUGACGGUGAGCGUGAUCGUGCAGGACGAGGGAGUGGACGCCAUCCCGGUGAAGGUCCUCAACUGUGACACCAUCUCCCAGGUCAAGGAGAAGAUCAUUGACCAGGUGUACCGCGGGCAGCCCUGCUCCUGCUGGCCCAGGCCAGACAGCGUGGUCCUGGAGUGGCGUCCGGGCUCCACAGCACAGAUCCUGUCGGACCUGGACCUGACGUCACAGCGGGAGGGCCGGUGGAAGCGCGUCAACACCCUUAUGCACUACAAUGUCCGGGACGGAGCCACCCUCAUCCUGUCCAAGGUGGGGGUCUCCCAGCAGCCGGAGGACAGUCAGCAGGACCUGCCUGGGGAGCGCCAUGCCCUCCUGGAGGAGGAGAACCGGGUGUGGCACCUGGUGCGGCCGACGGACGAGGUGGACGAGGGCAAGUCCAAGCGAGGCAGCGUGAAAGAGAAGGAGCGGACGAAGGCCAUCACCGAGAUCUACCUGACACGGCUGCUCUCGGUCAAGGGCACACUGCAGCAGUUUGUGGACAACUUCUUCCAGAGCGUGCUGGCGCCUGGGCACGCAGUGCCACCCGCUGUCAAGUACUUCUUUGACUUCCUGGAUGAGCAGGCAGAGAAGCACAACAUCCAGGAUGAGGACACCAUCCACAUCUGGAAGACGAACAGCUUACCGCUCCGGUUCUGGGUGAACAUCCUCAAGAACCCCCACUUCAUCUUUGACGUGCAUGUCCACGAGGUGGUGGACGCCUCGCUGUCAGUCAUUGCGCAGACCUUCAUGGACGCCUGCACACGCACGGAGCAUAAGCUCAGCCGCGAUUCUCCCAGCAACAAGCUGUUGUACGCCAAGGAGAUCUCCACCUACAAGAAGAUGGUGGAGGAUUACUACAAGGGGAUCCGGCAGAUGGUGCAGGUCAGCGACCAGGACAUGAACACCCACCUGGCAGAGAUUUCCCGGGCGCACACGGACUCCCUGAACACCCUCGUGGCACUACACCAGCUCUACCAAUACACACAGAAGUACUAUGACGAGAUCAUCAAUGCCUUGGAGGAGGACCCUGCCGCCCAGAAGAUGCAGCUGGCCUUCCGCCUGCAGCAGAUUGCAGCUGCACUGGAGAACAAGGUCACUGACCUCUGACCUACAACCUCCAGUGCUGCCUUGGGGCAUAGGUACCCAAGGUACCUGAGAGCCCCUCGGGGGAGGAGGCCGAGUGGCUGUGGCUGAGGCCCCCACCCUCCCCUGGAGAAUGCGCCCCAAGCAGGAGUGGGUGCAGCGGGAACCCACCCAGCGUCUAGACUGUAGCAUCUUCCUCUGAGCAAUACCGCCCGGGCGCUGCACCAGCACCAGCACCAGCCCCAGCCCCAGCUCUGCUCCCUCCGGCGGCAGAACCAGCAUCGGGUGUUCACUGUCGAGUCUCAGUGAUUUGAAAAUGUGCCUUACGCUGCCACGCUGGGGACAGCUGGCCUCCGCCUCCGCCCACGCACCAGCAGCCGCCUCCAUGCCCUAGGUUGGGCCCCUGGGGGAUCUGAGGGCCUGUGGCCCCCAGGCCUGUUCCCAGAUCCUAUGUCUGUCUGUCCACCUCGGGAUGGGAGGAGGAGAAAAAGCGGUACGAUGCCUUCCUGACCUCACUGGCCUCCCCAAGGGUGCCGGCACUCUGGGUGGACUCACGGCUGCUGGGCCCCACGUCAAAGGUCAAGUGAGGCGUAGGUCAAGUCCUACGUCGGGGCCCAGACAUCCUGGGGUCCUGGUCUGUCAGACAGGCUGCCCUAGAGCCCCACCCGGUCCAGGGGGACUGGGAGCAGUUCCACCAAGACCACCCACCCCUUUUUGUAAAUCUUGUUCAUUGUAAAUCAAAUACAGUCGUCUUUUUCACUCUG